UGCAAGUUAUCAGCUCGCUGCUAUUCUUCGCCACCCGCGCACCGCAACACACACACAUACACACACGCUGCUCACGAGCCGCACCGCGUCAGCUAAUGUGAUCCCUUCCGUACGUCGGGCGGUUGAUCAGCACGCCUUGGCUUCUUCCCACAUCUGCAGCACGAGUGAGGAUAAAUGGACCCGCCAAAGAGCAGCAGCAACGGUCCCCGUAGUGCUACUGCAGCCCGACGCCAGCAUCAGCGAAUUUUUAAUCACGCCAUGUAGCACGUGAAGGAAACAUGGAACUCGCUCAGAAAAUCCUCAACGGUGAACAAAACGAGGCACCACCCUGGCCUGUGCCCUUAAUUUUAAAAGCGUUCAUCUCGUCCACCGGAGCAGACUUUGAAGAAGAGCGGCGCAACCUGCUGGAACAGAUUGGCCCCGAAAUUCAGAGCGAGUUUGACUCGGUUGGCCUGGAGGUGCAGCUGGUUGACACGUUCUACUGCUCGGAGACGGCGUCGGAUCCAUGGUCUUGCCAACAAUUUCUAGACGAGGUGUCGCGAUGCAGCCGGGUGUCUCGCGGCUGCUUCUUCAUCGUGCUGGUGGGCGAGACGCUCGGCGAGCUUAUGGUGCCGACGAGGCUCGCGGCCGACGAGUUUGAGGCAGUGUGUGCAGCCGCCGGCGACGACAAUCUGCUCUCAUGGUGCUACGCCAGAGACGACACUGCUGCCGGUGAAUUCGUGUUGCAACAGCCGCAGAGCAGGCAGGAGGUGCACGAGUGGAUAGAACGCGAUUUGCCAAAGCUGAGGCAAUUAUUUAAAAAAGCAGCGGCGCGCCUGCCGCCUGGGAACAAGGGUCCUGGGAGAUUGCCAGACCUGAUAACGCGGACUUUGGUGGAAGCGCAGCUGCAGCACGCCUUGGUCGAGUCGCCUAAUGGUGCAAACAUCAUCGCCGUUUUGAGGAAAUGGGACAAUCUGAAGGAGAGCAGUUCAAAACGCAGUGAGCUGUACAAGGACUUCGACGUUGCCACUUGUGAUCGAUUAAAUGUUAUUCGGGAAUUUAUUGAAGCCAAUUUGCCGGCCGAAAAUGUCUUCAAAAUAAGUGCUCCUUGGUGUUCACGCGGUGCUGAUCCGGACGACGAGCCGUUCGAGAAGUAUCUCAAUCAAUUUCGAGACUCACUCACCGCCAGACUUCAAGAGCUCGUCUCGUGCGACCUCGACAAUCAACCUGAUCCACUCAAUGGCCGCUCCAAGGCGACGCAGGACGUGCUACACGAGGCAUCAUGCCACCUGUCCAUCUGGCGGCAACACCUGGACCAGCUGGAAGCGGAUCACGCGUCCGAGAUGCGCGAAUCGGGCCUGCUCGCUCAAAUCAAGGGCAAUUUCGAGGCCGCGUUACGCGAGCGUCACGGUCCGUUGCUGCUACACGGCUCACUGGGCAGUGGCAAGAGCUGCGUGCUCAGUUUCGUGACUCAAGAGGCCCGCGGAUGGUUUCACGGACGGCCCUUGGCGCGCAUCAUCCGCUUCUCAGGCGCCACUCCACGCUCGGCCUACGGGCUGGAACUGCUGAGAAACGUCUGCCAACACUUGAGUCUCAUCCUUGGGGUCGACACAAUACCAAAGGACUGCAGUUUCGACCCUCUUUAUGUCAACAACUGGUUCGGGACUCUGGUGCGGCGGGCUGGGGAGGCCUGGCAGGACGGCGGAUCCACGAUUCUGUUCGUCAUUGACGACCUCCACAGACUGCAACCCCUGGACUCGGACAUUGUGGCCCCGCUCUCCUGGUUGCCCGUGUCCCUCCCACCCGGCGUUCUCGUGCUGGCGGCCACCUCUACGCACCCUGAGCUUCUCAAGUUCACGCCGCUGCAGAAGGAGCGACUCCGCGCUGCGGACUGCUACCUCAGCCUUACCAACGAGCCGUCGUUUCUUGCCACUGCUCUCAAUGGCAGCGAUAAUAUCGAGCAGGCAGUGAGCAAAGUGUUCGAGGAGGCCGAGAAUGUCCUCGGCCGCGCAAUCAUCGAGCGAUUUUCCUCGUUGCUAGCCUGCUCCGAAUUCGGGUUAACUGAGAUGGAGCUAUUGGAAUUGAUGCUGCCUGCCAGUCACGCGAACGGAACGCCGGCUUUGAUGGAGGAGGGCCACUGCAAUUUCGCCAGUCUCUGCGCCCUCAGAUCAAUUCUUGGCCUGCUGCUGCGUGAAAUCUACUUGAGCGGCAAACUGCUGCUGCGCUGGAGGCACGUCUCGAUGGCAGAAGUGGCCCGCACCAGAUACAUAUCAUCCAACGAAAAGGCGAAAAGCACGCACAUGGAGUUGGCCAAUUUGUUCUUCAGCGAGUUUCAGCAGGAGGAGAGCCAGAAGUCGCAAUCCGAGGGUGGCGACAAGGAGCAGACACUCCAGCGGGUGGGCGAGGACGUCACUUACAGUGCCAGACACGUCGAGGAGGCCUGGCUGCACCUCCUCAAAGCAGGCGAUCCAGAAAGACUGAAGAAGCUGACGGUGUGCAACUUUGAUUUCCUGCUGGCAGCUGUGCAGACCGUUUCUGUCAGUUACCUGAGGUGCGUUCUGGAGCACGUCAGGUGCUACCUGUUGGACUCACACCUCGAGCUGGUCUAUUACACUAUACGCAAGUCGUGCGACACUAUUACCAGAGAUCCGCUACAGCUGGCAGCUCAAAUUAUUAGUUGGCUAGCAAAUGAGCGGCACGGCACUCUGAUAAAAUCGCUAGUGACCUCGGCGAUGGCCUGGUGCGACGGCUUCAGCGAGCCCCUGCUGGUGCCCCUAACCGGCUGGCUGCAGGCACCGCUGCCCUCGCAAAUCAAGAGUGUCACCGUGCCCACCGGUGUCAAGCUGGCCCAGCCGUCGGCCACAGGCCAACACGUGGUUUUAGUCGGGCCCAACUCGUGCGAGGCCCAGUUGUGGCACGUCAUGUCCGGCACCCUCGUCUACACGUUCACGGGCCACAAGGGGCCCAUCCACUGCAUCGCGAUGACGGCCCAAGAGCUACUCACCGGCGGCGAGGACCUCUCGGUCGUCGUCUGGGAUCUCAAGAGCAAAACGCAGCGGCUCAAAAUUACGGAGCACAUAGCGCCGAUUUUGAGCAUCGCUGCCACCGCGUCCCUGGUGGCGAGCAGCGGUGAGGACAGCACGGUUAUCGUUUGCCAAAUGUCCAACGGGGAGGUCAAAGGCAGGAUCGAUCACCACCGAGGGCCGGUCAGCAGCCUGGCCAUCACGGCCUCGGGGGACGUGUUGAUAUCAGGCUCGACAGAUGCAACAAUUUGUUUAUGGUCCCUGGACGACCUGACGCUGUUGAACAGCGUGUCGUUGGUGUCACCUGUCAAGAUGAUCUCGGUGUCGCCCGACAGCGUGUUCCUCCUGGCCGCGUGCGACAACAACCAGCUCUACUUGCACGCACUGGCGACCGGCUCCGAGGUGCACUGCCUGCGAGGCCACAAGGCUGAUGUCCAGUCCAUUAGCGUCGCGCGAGACAAUUGCCGGGCAAUUGUGGGCGGCAGUGAUGGAAGGGUGUAUAGUUUUGACAUGAAAAGUGGUCGCCUCAUCAGAAUUCUGGCCGGUCACGGAGCCGCCGUCACGUCGCUCUGCACCUCAAAGGACGAUAACUUCCUCAGUAGUGCUGGCGGAAACAAAAUCACAUUCUGGAGCUUCCGGCCUGAAGACGAGUUUCACACGGAACUCGCGGCGAAAGCGAGCAGCAAAAAGCAGGAGCACACGGCGGCAAUCAUGUGCGCGGCGAUCUCACGGGACGGCGUAUUAGCCGUCACUGGCUCGCAGGACUACAGCGUCAACGUGUGGCAACUCAUCUCGCACGAUUUGCAAUGCACACUCCACGGUCACACGGCGCCGAUCACGUGCGUCGCCGUGUCGCCAAACGGGUUGUUUGCGGUGUCUGGCGCCGAGGACCACACUUGCCGCGUUUGGGGACUCACUGUCAGCGUCGCGGUCUGCUGUUUCCUGGGCCACCAAGGGAUAAUAUCCGACAUGGCUGUCGCGAGUGACAGCAGAAGAGUGGUCUCAAGUGACCGGCACGGGCUUAUGUUCGUUUGGCUCGCGGACUCUGGUCAAGUCAUGCAGAAAUUUUCCAUCUUGGGACAGCACCUCUCCAUCUCAAAUUCGAUGAAGCACGUCGUUUGCAGCAGCCCAGGAGAGAACUGCCUCCGAAUCUGGACCAUGGGGCGCGAGGACGAGCGCUACACCGUGUCGCACAGCGAGGAAAUCACUUGUUUCGCGCUGACCAACGACUCGCAGCACGUGAUCACAGGGUCCAAAGACAUGUCGCUCAAGGUGUGGCAGCUAGCCGGCGGGAAACUGGCCCAGGUGCUUGUCGGACACACCGACCACGUCACUUGCAUCGCAGCCAACAAGGACCUGGUUGUUUCUGGAUCACGGGACGCCAACCUCAUCGUCUGGGACAUCAAGACUGGCUCCGACCUUCACACGCUCACCUCGCACCUUAGCUACGUCACUUGUGUUCAAAUAUCCGCAGACGGCACCCUAGCUGUUUCAGGCUCAGAGGACCGGAGCCUGGUGGUGUGGGACCUGAUGCUGGGCCGGGCGCGGUGCACGCUGUCGCUCAACCUGCCGGUGGUGGCACUGUACAUGAGCUGCGACGCGGCACGAAUCGUGGUUCAACUGCUUGACUGCUCGCGUUUGCCCAUUGUCUGCCUGCACAAUACGCCGGCCGCGUUUGUGCCGCCCGUCAACUACACCCCCGCGAAAGAGCCUGAAGAUCUGAGGCCAGCGAGCGGCGCGGUACCGAAGCGGCCGAUGCGUCGGCUGCUGAAAAAGGAGGUCUCUCUGGAUACGUACACGUGGCAGAAGAAGUAUGGACAUCUCACAUCAAAGGCCAUGUUUGCUGCAAUCGACGAGCGCCUCAAGAGGAGGUUCAGCGUGUCGGCCAGCAUGGAGGAAAUACCGCAAACCGUGGGUCCAGAGCAGGCAGCCUUGGCACAAUCCCAACACUUUGAGGACUUGGAGGCCCUGUGGAAUAAAAAAUCGCCGCCGCGCAGACGACAAAUGGUGAAGCAGAAUUCAUUGAUCAGCCGACGUGAGUCGUCAGAUGGCGGCAUGUCUGACGAACGGGAGUAAAUAAUCCCAAGAUAUCAAUGUGAAGAGAAAGAUCCGCAAAACUAUAUUUAGAGGCGAUCGCCCAUCCCCACUGCAGUUUAAUCAGUACAGCCUAACGGAGAACAAUACGGCUCAGCUAGAUAGUAAUACAUAGUCCUAAAACAGCAUGUUAGCAAGAUGAGUGUGUCUUCCCUUCAUUUGGUCUAAUUACAUAAUAUACACAUUGCUUAUGACGAAAACGUGGUAAGAUCGGUGAUCGAGUUAUAAGAAAAAGUAUACUGUGGGAGCGGCCUGUUAACCAUAUAGCUCUUUAUUUUUACGUUGCGUUCCGAGUUUUUGAGAGCAGCAUCAAGGCUAAAAUUGAAGCUAUAGUCUGUGAUUUACUUGACAAAUUAACAAGCAACACACUAUCAUGCACAAUUCUCGCACCUCUCUGCCGAAGCACGACAAACUUUUCUAUUCACUCAAACACAAAAACCCUUCGCUGUCGAAAGAGAGAAGAAAACGAAGCUUUUCAUCGCAUAUAUAUGUAGAAGGGGACCGCUCCGCUUGGCUCUUCUCUUACACGCUCUUAUAAAUAACACACACACACACUGCAACUAACAAUCAUUUUGUACUCGACCGUCCUUUCCUGUUUGCUGUUCCUCGAUGUCUUUGUAUACAGCGCCCAAAAUGUGAAAUUUAAUAAAGUUAUACACACACUCUUUACACGAAACAAAACACAAACUGCAUUCGCCAGGGCUACAGCCAAUUUGGUUGAUUUUCAGUGCUUGAAUUAAAACGAGGUUAAAACAUUUUUCAAAAAAAUCUGUUUUUAUUUUUUUUACUUUUAACAUCAUGUGGGAAAUUACCUUUGUGAUAGGUUUUCAUUUAAAAACUAUCGUAUUAAUUAAAAUAUUAUUAACUGUUGCGAGCCCUGAGUACACACGAGGAAAGUGACGCUUCAACCCUCUCACUCUUUCUUCCAUAUUGCCGUAGAGGUAGCGAGUUGUUGAUGUUGUUGUUGUUGAUGUCGUUGGAUGUGGAGCAUUAAAUGUUAUCGAUAUAAAAAUGAAUGACUUUUAACGGAAAUUACGCUGUCUUGCUCUUUUGAGGCGGAUUGUUUAACGAGAAAACCACUAAAGCUGAAACAAAAUGCCAAAGCCUUCAAUGUGUGACGCGCAACUUUGAUUUUUGUUCCAUCAAUAUACUUUUGACACAAUUUUUAGAAACACAAACUCCUUUGCUAGCGCAGUCCUUUAAAAAAGAUCGCGCCGGAGACGAUGUAAAAAGAAAGCCUGCUAUUCUAAGAAAUGGAAAAAUCACGCUAUUUUUAUUUUCCAUUGUUGUGAGAAAUUUCAAACAAGACUGCCAAAACCAUUCCUCUCUUUACUUAUAUCAGAGAUGUUUAGAGGUACAACAUAACGAUGUAAAAGCUGACCUUCGGGGCUUGUCAAAAAUUUUAAUAACCAAAAUUCCCCACAGGGAACGUGAGGAAAAUGGAGUCAGCCUCCUUUGCUUUUCGGUAGCAACCCCGUCGGUCGAAAAAUAGAUGUGCAUAACUUUGAUGUUAAACAAUUAAAAGUUAUUUACAAACGCAAUAAAUGUGUUCCUUGCAAACCUGAA